GCUCAGUUUAAAACCCAAGCAGUCCAUUUUUGGGUCCUGCUUGCAAGUAACGUCUUGUUGGCGGAGGAGGUUGCAGUCAUCUAGUCGCCGGCCAGUCGUCUUUUGCAGUUAGAAGAGCCUGAAGUUGGAGCUGACAUUUUCUUCUCAUUCUUUAACCUGUGAAGUUGCAGUGUGAUGUCUCUGUGGCCGAAGCAGCAACCAAUGGGAGAUGAAAAGGACGCGUUUUAUGUUGUUCGAAAGGGAAAUGUUAUUGGCAUCUACAAAAGCUUAAGUGAUCUCCAAGCCCUAAUUCGGUCUUCUAUUGGAGAACCUUCUAUAAGUGUGUUUAAAGGGUAUUUCCUGGCCAAACAGUCUGAAGAAUAUCUUGCUUCUCACGGGCUUAAGAAUGCAAUGUACUCCGUUGACACCAUUGAUGUUCGAAAUGAUCUAUUUGGCUUACUUGUGCCCUGUCCUUUCCGGCAACCAGGAUCUUCUAAAGACAAACCACUCAGCAAGGAGUUUCAGGAGAAGAGAAUACUGGAAAUAACUGGACCUGCUAUGUAUUCAGCUGCUGCCAUUCCACAAAAACAAGGAAAAUUAGAUAAUUUCCUUGAAGUUCCUCCAAUUUCUUCUUACUGUAGCUCUUGUGUUCUUGAGUUUGAUGGCGCUUCAAAAGGAAACCCUGGACUUGCUGGCGCUGGGGCUGUUCUGCGUGCAGCAGACGGAAGUGUGGUUUUCCGGUUGCGUGAAGGUUUGGGCAUUGCAACUAACAAUGUUGCUGAGUACAGAGGUUUGAUAUUGGGAUUGAAAUAUGCUCUUGAGAAAGGCUUCAAACACAUACGUGCCCAAGGAGAUUCAAAGCUUGUCUGCAUGCAGACUCAGGGACUGUGGAGAACAAAGAACCAGAACAUGGCUGAGCUGUCAAAGGUGGUCAGGGAACUUAAGGAGCAAUUUGCAUCUUUCCAUAUCAGCCAUGUCGAUAGAGAAUACAACACCGAAGCUGAUGCUCAGGCAAAUGUAGCUGUGUAUCUUGAACAUGGUCGGAUUGAAGUCGAAUGAGGAAUCCCGGAGUAACAGAAAGUAGAAUCAUUAAUUGAGGAUGUCCCCCAAACAUGGAUUUUGGUAGGGAUCCGCAUCUAGAAUACUGACCCUGUUUGGAUUAGCCAUCCGGCUGAUCAAAUUUGUAGAUAUGCAACAAAUUGUCAAGUUCAUUGUGUAUUAGGGAGGAUGCUUCUCUUUCUGCUAUUAUUGUUUAUGUAGAUUCUAGGGUUACUGGUCAUGCCUUUCUUCUUCAAAUUAAUUGAACAGCUGAUUAACUACAAAAUUAUAUGGAUGGCGACCUAUCUUACAAGAACCAUAUUGGUCCGGUCGUGACCUCAUUACAAAGCCUG